UCCGAAAAUGCACGUGACCGCAAUGGCUGCUGCUCUCUAAAGCCUUGCAUCAACUUGCGCGGCACCGUGAAAACCCGUUUCUUUGCCGAAAACUCGCAGAGCUCUUGUCAGACUCGCACUGUCUGACAAAGCAGACCUUACUGUAACGUUCCACUCCUCGUCAUACGACGGAGAAACGACUUCGGACAAAACAUCCCCGGGCUCGGUUCGGACUUCCACCAACCAACACGUCGGUAGGAGGAGUCAACAGGAAAGAAGAUUGCCAUUCUGCCACAGGUGUGUUGCCGAGACUGAAAGUGAGUCACCGUGGCGAUAGCAGUUGACCUGGGGCGCAAGACAUGUUACAGUGACAACUAAAACCAGCCAUCGUCAUAACAAUCCUCCUCCUCCUCCGCCGCUCCGUCGUGUUGUUGUGUGAGCUCUGCUGAGUCACUGGAGAGAGAAAAGCUGUUCUCAUCCACCCCCCCCCCCCCAAGGCCUGAGAAGUCUAUCCAAUCAUGAACAAGGGAUCUGGAGUCCAUUGGUGCCAGAUGAUUCUGCCUAGCGACCUCCCUUAGUAUAUUAUGUAAUUGGUGUUUCAUUACGAUAUAAAAGCUUAGUGGCCUACUCUACCUCUAGGACACUCUUCAUAUCAAGGCAGAGGACCAGCCUUUGGAAGAAAAUAGCCCAUAUGCCCUUGGAUUCAAGGUUUCUCUGAAGCAUCCACCGGGAACAUCGACGUAACCUAACAGCUCCAUUUCACACACCUACACGAAUACACGCACACGUCGUUGUUGUCCACCGUCAACCACCACCACCACCACCACUUCUUAAUUCAUUGGAUUACGUCGUCAUCGGCGGGUGACGUUAGGGAUGUAGAACGCCGUCACCACGGAUACCUACAGGAGACUCUUUGGACUCGGCUCAAGGUCCGCCGAGCAGAACAUGGCGGGCAAGGGUAACCCCUGCCACCCCCCGGGGGGGCCAGGGAGCGCAGGGGGCCCCACUGUCUCUGUGGGGGGAUUCCCCAUGCCUCACUACUCCUACUUCUUCCCCCACAUGCUGGGGGGGCUGUCCCCACCCACCCUGUCCGGACUGCCCAUCAGUGGAUACAGCACCCCAUCGCCAGCCACUAUAGAGACCCAGAGCACCAGCUCGGAGGAGAUAGUCCCCAGUCCCCCCUCGCCGCCCCCUCCCCCGCGAAUCUACAAACCCUGCUUCGUUUGUGCGGACAAGUCCUCGGGAUACCACUAUGGAGUCAGCGCCUGCGAGGGCUGCAAGGGUUUCUUCCGGCGCAGUAUCCAGAAGAACAUGGUGUACACCUGUCAUCGCGAGAAGGGCUGCAUCAUCAACAAGGUCACCCGCAACCGCUGCCAGUACUGCCGCCUGCAGAAGUGUUUAGAAGUGGGCAUGUCCAAGGAGUCGGUGAGGAACGACAGGAACAAGAAGAAGAAGGAGGAGAAGAAGCUAGAGUGUACUGAGAUCUACGUGCUGAGUACCGAGACCGAGCAGAUGAUCGAACGUGUCCGCAAGGCCCAUAAGGAGACUUUCCCCUCGCUCUGUCAGCUGGGCAAAUACACCACGAAUAACAGUGCAGAGCACCGCGUGGCUCUAGAUGUCAACCUGUGGGAUAAGUUCAGUGAGCUGUCCACGAAGUGUAUCAUCAAGACGGUAGAGUUUGCCAAGCAUCUGCCAGGCUUCACCACCCUCACUAUCGCUGACCAGAUCACCCUGCUCAAGGCUGCCUGUCUGGACAUACUGAUUCUGAGGAUAUGCACGCGGUACACUCCAGACCAGGACACAAUGACGUUCUCAGACGGGCUGACCCUGAACAGGACCCAAAUGCACAACGCUGGCUUCGGCCCGCUCACAGACCUGGUGUUCGCCUUCGCCCAAACACUCCUCCCUCUGGAGAUGGAUGACGCCGAGACCGGCCUGCUCAGCGGCAUCUGUCUGCUGUGUGGAGACCGUCAGGAUCUGGAGCAGGCAGACAAGGUGGACGUACUACAGGAGCCCCUACUGGAAGCUCUGAAGAUCUACGUGAGGAAGAGGAGACCUCACAAACCACAUAUGUUCCCCAAGAUGCUGAUGAAGAUCACGGACCUCAGGAGCAUCAGCGCCAAGGGAGCGGAGCGAGUGAUCACUCUGAAGAUGGAGAUCCCAGGCUCCAUGCCCCCUCUCAUCCAGGAGAUGCUGGAAAACUCAGAGGGUCUGGAGGGCCAGGGGGCCAGCGGGGGCCGCUCCAGCGGAGGAGGGGCCCCACCAGGCAGCUGCAGCCCAAGCCUGUCCCCCAGCUCAGCCCGCAGCAGCCCCCCUGCACCCUCCCCUUAGACUGGGGUCCACCACCACCCCCCAGGCAGGGACAGCCAGAAGGCAUGACUACAGACUCCCACACUGUGACAAACCAGGCCAGAGUGGAGUGGGGUUAGGAAGAGGGCCAAGCCUGGGCCCAACCAGGACGGACUUUGACACUUUGAGGGUAAACGCAGGCCUCACUGGACAGACAGCCGUCCCCCCACUCCCCCUAUCUCAGCCCCAGACUGGGCACCAUCAUACUUAACUGAAUCUGGAUGGCACUAUAACCAUCACCCCCACCACCACCACCACCAUAGACAUGCCUCAGAACCAGCGCCAGGGAUUGGCAGACGCAACACAAGGAGUUUAAUCUGAGAUGUUCUGUUUACUCUCCUCAGUGAUGACUCUGUUCUUCCUCUCUCCCCCUCAAGACUAUGGACAGGAAUUCAGGCUCAGGGCCUGUCAGACCUGGGGUAAAGGGGUCGACAAGACGCACGUCUUUCUGCAGGGAACUAGACAGACAGACUGCUGGACACUGGGCACGAGUCAUCCCUAAAUGUUGUCAGGGACAGCAAAUGGGGGCUGCUCAGAGGGGGGGGGGCCUGCCUCUCCUUCACAACUUUGAGAGACAGAUUUUCUUACAAAAUAUAUAUGGAAAUAUAAAUAUAUAUAUAUUGAAAAAGUAAUCAUUGCAAUUUGAAUUGUCCAGGUGGAAUGAUGCAUAAAAGAGGAGUUGCUAUCUUUUUCUCAGUAUUUUUCUCACUGUUCUAAGAACUUAGAUGUCAUUUGUGAUCCCACCUCCCCAGACCUAGUGUUUUGUUCUCUUCGUUUCACCCAGGAAUAUCAGCACACUAAGUAGUCACAGUGGAAAUGUGUGUUUUUUUUUUCUAUCAAAUCAGAAGAUAAGUAGAACAAAAAUGACGACACGAUUUCAGAUGCAAUUCACUUAAUGCACUAGACCUCUUGCACUGUCACGUUCACGAGUUGGAUCAAAUUGAGACACAAAACACAAAUUGGACCAGGUUGGGUUGGCAUCUCUCUGGUUUUGUUCCAUUUACAGUAUUUUCUUCUUUCUUUUUUUUCAUGGGAGAAAAGGAAACGUAGUGGUUCUAUGAUCUAGAGUCAAGUUGUUGUGGAGUUAUGAAGGUGACCUGUAAGAAAAUAGCAGCCAUGAAAUAAUGUACAUAAGAUGUAUUCCUUUGUGUUAAAGUACAUGGAGUCUAGCCAAUUUUCACUGUUGUCAAAAGCCUUUUAUGUUUUUGCUUUUUGGUCUUGUUUGGUGUCCUGAAGUGAAGGCAUGAAUCACUGGUCGCCUGUUUAGACCGCUUAAGGAAGGGACGGACUGCUAGGAACACCAUAGCCAUUGACAACCUGUAAAGAGUUGAAUUUAUACUUCACCUGAAAAAAAAAAAAAAAUAGAAAGAUUUGACAAUUUAAAGACCAACAACUCCG